AUGUUGGACCCCUUCCCACCACCUCCAGAAUGGUUGCGGAGCUUCGUAAAGCCCUAUCUCCUCCCGCUCAAUAGUCCAACACUUGUCGACCAUAUCCAUGAGGUGAUAGGAGCAUUUGCCUUCUACCUGUUCAUUCACGCAGUGGUCUCGCCUGUGCUUUCGCCAAUUCUCUUUGCUCGGUCUUAUAACAAACUCACACCUCGAACAAAGCUGAACUGGGAUAUUCACGUUGUCUCACUUGUUCAAAGUAUCGUUAUCAAUGUUGUCGCCUUGUGGGUCAUGUUCUUCGACGAGGAGCGCAAGUCUAUGACCUCCGGUGAGCGAGUCUUCGGGUACACAGGCGCCUGUGGUCUCAUCCAGGCUCUGGCCGUGGGAUACUUUGUCUACGACCUCAUUGUUAGCAUUGUGCAUGUGCGCAUGUUUGGCAUCGGUUUGCUUUUCCAUGCUGUCAGCGCCUUGUGGGUGUUUAGUCUUGGCUUUAGACCCUUCCUGAACUACUUCGCCCCGACUUUCAUCCUCUAUGAGCUCUCAAGCCCAUUCCUCAAUAUCCACUGGUUCCUCGACAAAGUCGACAUGACUGGUAGCCGCACUCAGUGGUACAACGGCAUGGCCCUUCUCUCCAGCUUCUUCGCCUGCCGCCUCGUCUGGGGCACCUGGCAAAGCAUUGUGGUGUACGGGGAUAUGUGGAAUGCGCUGCAGCUAACCUGGUCUGCAUCCACCGCCCCACUCUCAGACCCGGUGAACAUCAACGCAAACGUCUUCUACCCAGCUCGUGACGGCAGCUCAUGCGUCAACGAAGCCUGUCUGCGCGCAAACGCCGAGAUCGCCAAGUAUCAGGACUACACCGCCGGAGGCGUGCCGACCUGGCUGAUCCUGACCUACGUUGGAUCGAACUUGAUCUUGAACUCCUUGAACUUCUACUGGUUCUCCAAGAUGGUCGAGACCGUUCUCAAGCGCUUCCGCGUUCCGGCUGAGUCUGAUGCCAAGAAGGGGACUGUUAGCGCGGAAAAGGCUGCGCAACCCAAGGAAGACAUUAUGCGUGAUGUUGUGCUCGAAACAGCCGCCCAGCUGGAGCAAGAGGAGACUGCUGUCUUGCAAGGCGAUCUUUCUGCAGUGCGGGAACAUGUCUCUUCUGCUGUGGACGCGGGUCUUGGUGAAGAGUUGCGUAAACGAAGAGCAGACCUUGUUGCAAAGGUUCCUUUGCCCGGCGCUUGA